ACCUGCCAGAUUAAUGAAGGAUAUAAAUUUGAUAAAAAUAUAAAAAACGGAAGAGAUGGAUGGUGAAAUGAGCAAAAAGCGCAAAAUAGAGUCGGUGGAGACGGAUGGUGCCGCUGAUGACGGGGAGAGUGUUGAAAUGAACAAAAAGCUUAAAAUGGAGAAAGAAGAUGACGUCGAUGAAUCAUCAAAAAUAGUUUUAAUUUCAAAUGAAGGCGGUCGCUUCGAAGUUGAUAAAGAUUUAUUACUUCAGACCAGUGAUUAUUUUAGAGCCUUGGCGAACAGUGGAAUGAGAGAUGCACACUCUAAAGAACUUACGUUAGAGUGUCUUUCCGAUGCAAGUCUACAUGAAGUCAACAAUUUUUUAUCGAAUAUACAACUUAAUGAAGAUUUUUUUUAUGCCAGGGACUUGUGUUGUGUGGAAAAAGGUUUAGAGGGCUCAUUCUAUCUCCAAAUUCGGAGCAUGACAGAUAAAUAUCUUUUUUUAUUCAGUCAACAUUUGAAUGAAUCAACUUACGCAAACAUUUUGCAGUUCGCAAACAAGUUCGCCCUGUUUGGAGCAAUCGAAAGAGUUUUUGAAUUCAUUUUUGACAAUUUGAAGUGUAUUAUUUCGAGAUCCGAAAUACUAUCAUUGUCGCCAGAAGAUAUGAUUCGCUUGGUUGAAUCGGAAUUAGUUAAUGUUGAACGCGAAUUCGAUGUUUUUGAUAUGAUUCUAAGGUGGACUUUAGUUGACGAAUUGAGAAAACAGUAUGCAGAACCACUAUUCAGUAAGAUAAAGUACAAUUUGAUGGCGGUGGACAAAAAAAAGAAGGCUAACGACAUACUUAAUGAUUUACAAAUAAACCUUCAAACUGAAAUCCAUGGGUUUCGUACUAUUGGCACGAUAGUUGCUUUCGGAAAGCCUGAUUUCAAAGAUAACAUACAACAACCUUACUUUUCAUCGCUGCCUGUUUACGACUUUUUCAAAACUGUAAACAAGGAAGCCACUGAAUCUCCCGUCGUCCAUUUCAAAACAACAAAUAUUCAGCUGCAAAAUUUUCGCAAAUGGGGUUACAGCGUUUGCACUUUUGAUAAUGGAAUAUAUUUCGCAGGAGGUUAUUGUCCUUUAACCAAAGAAGUUUCAGUGUAUAAUCCUACCUUUUGCAAGUGGUCACGGUUGUCUGAUAUGCAAGUAGCAAGACAUGGUUUCUAUUUUGGUGAGAUGGGAGGACAUUUGUAUGCAGUUGCUGGUGAGACUUUUAAAGGCGUGAUAACUCGAAAAGUAGAGAGGUACAUUCCAGAUGAAGACAGAUGGUACAUAAUGGCACCUCUGCCUAUUGCUGUCAUCAUGCUUUCAGGCACUGCAUGCAACGGAAUGCUCUAUGUCAGUGGGGGGUGGAAAGUACCUGAUACUUUAGUCAACCUGGUGUAUAUGUACAACCCCGCACUUAACCAAUGGUCCGAAAAGGCUCCAAUGUUGACUGCACGUCAUGAUCACGUCAUGACGUCGGUAGGAAAUAAAAUUUUCGUCGUGGGAGGGAGAUUUUAUAAGAACGUAGACGGCGUUAUAGUCAGUGAAUAUGUCAUGGACGGAGAGAUGUUUGAUUGCACAACUGAUCAGUGGACAUCCGUACUGAGAAUUAAGGAGCCUUUCAACAAACCUCGUACUAGCGUUCUCAUCAACUGCACCCUGUAUUGUUUUGGUUUUGAUUACGGUAACGAGGGUUCACAAAAUUUGUUAUCUAUACAGGAAAUCAAUUUGAAAAGGUUUCUGAAUGAUAACAAGUCAUCACCAAAUGCACUGUCGGACCUAGCACCGAAUGAUGAACUCGAGAAAAAAAUCUCUAAUCGUACUGAUGACGAAUAUAUUGAUAGUGAAGAUUCAUGCCAUAUUCACAAAUUUUUUACUUCACACGAUCGGUCUAUUUACUAUGUUGGUCUUAUAGACAAGUUGCUUUAAAGUCAAAUGAGAGUUAUGUCAUUAACAAAGAUUACUUCGUAUAUGUUCAUCUUCUUUUAAUUCAUUUCUGUUAAUUGCAGAGAUUUUUUUACUAAUUUAACUUAAGUUUAAUUCAAAAAAAGCAUGCACGUUGAACAUUCACGUGUUAUUUUGUACAUAUCUUGUAAAUAAAAAUAAAUUAAUGCAUAUUUGGUUGCCGACACUUUCAAACGUAAUUUAUAUUUUUAUUAAAUUCUAUAGUUCUUUGUGUGACGAAUACAUAUCUGCCAAAAUGUUUUGAUUCUGAUCUUGCAAAAUAAGCCCAAGUGUUUUUAUAUAGCACGAGAUUAAAAUUUAAAUAUUCACAAAUUAAACGACAAAAAAUAAA